GUGGGAGUUGGGCGCUGGGGGAGGGGCAGGCAGGGAGAUCGCGAAGGGGAUGCGCCGGAGGGGAAAACAUGCGAGCUGCGCUGACCUGGAGAGAUAAGGCCGAGCAGUGUAUAUAUGACCUUGCUUUUAAGCCUGAUGGAACUCAACUAAUAAUUGCAGCAGGAAACAGAUUACUGGUAUAUGACACUUCGGAUGGAACAUUAAUCCAGCCCUUGAAGGCACAUAAAGAUACAGUGUACUGUGUAGCUUAUGCCAAGGAUGGAAAGCGCUUUGCAUCAGGAGCUGCAGACAAAACUGUGAUCAUCUGGACUUCAAAGUUAGAAGGUAUCCUGAAGUACACGCACAAUGAUUCCAUACAAAGUGUAUCCUACAAUCCUGUCACUCACCAAUUGGCAUCUUGCUCCUCCAGUGAUUUUGGUCUGUGGUCUCCUGAACAGAAGUCAGUCAAUAAACAUAAAGUUAGCAAUAAGAUCACCUGCUGUAGUUGGACUAAUGAUGGCCAGUACCUUGCUUUGGGGAUGUACAAUGGCGUGGUCAGCAUAAGAAAUAAAAAUGGUGAAGAAAAAGUCAAAAUUGAACGACCAGGUGGAUCUUUAUCUCCUGUGUGGUCCAUUUCUUGGAAUCCAUCGAGAGAUGAACACAAUGACAUCUUAGCUGUGGCAGAUUGGGGACAAAGGCUUUCCUUUUAUCAGCUCAGUGGCAAGCAAAUUGGAAAAGACAGAGUCCUGAACUUUGACCCCUGCUGUGUUAGCUAUUUUUCAAAAGGAGAAUACAUUUUAAUUGGAGUCGACAAACAAGUCUCCCUCUACACGAAAGAUGGUGUGCGCCUUGGCACCAUAGGGGAACAGAACACGUGGGUGUGGACGUGUAAAGCGAAGCCAGAUUCCAAUUACGUGGCAGUAGGAUGCGAGGAUGGAACAAUUUCAUUUUAUCAGCUGAUUUUCAGCACAGUCCAUGGCCUUUAUAAGGACCGCUAUGCUUACAGGGACAGUAUGACCGAUGUUAUUGUCCAGCACCUCAUCACAGAGCAAAAAGUUCGCAUUAAAAACAGAGAGCUUGUCAAGAAAAUUGCGAUAUACAAAAACAGAUUAGCAAUCCAGUUGCCAGAGAAAAUCCAGAUUUAUGAGCUAUAUUCUGAUGAUUCUUCAGACAUGCAUUAUCGUGUGAAGGAAAAGAUAGCAAAAAAGUUUGAAUGCAACUUAUUGGUUGUGUGUUCUGAGCACAUUAUUUUAUGCCAGGAGAAAAGGCUCCAGUGCCUCUCAUUCAGUGGUACAAAAGAAAGGGAGUGGCUGAUGGAGUCUCUCAUUCGGUACAUAAAAGUAAUUGGUGGACCUCCAGGCCGAGAAGGACUUUUAGUGGGACUAAAGAAUGGCCAGAUUCUAAAGAUAUUUGUAGACAAUCCUUUUGCAAUUGUCUUGCUGAAACAAUCCACAGCUGUGCGCUGCUUGGAUAUGAGUGCAUCUCGAAACAAGCUGGCAGUGGUUGAUGAAAAUGACACCUGUCUAGUGUAUGAUAUUAACACCAAAGAGUUACUCUUUCAGGAACCCAACGCUAACAGUGUGGCUUGGAACACACAGUGUGAGGACAUGCUCUGUUUCUCUGGUGGUGGAUAUCUCAACAUCAAAGCUAGUAACUUUCCUGUCCAUCAGCAGAAACUUCAGGGCUUCGUUGUGGGAUACAAUGGUUCCAAAAUUUUCUGUCUCCAUGUUUUUUCCAUGACUGCUGUUGAAGUUCCCCAGUCAGCACCCAUGUAUCAAUACUUGGAAAGAAAAAUGUUCAAAGAAGCCUAUAAGAUUGCUUGCUUAGGAGUAACUGACACAGAUUGGAAAGAGCUGGCUAUGGAGGCUUUAGAAGGACUCGAAUUUGAAACUGCCAAAAAGGCAUUUACCAGAGUGCGAGACCUUCAAUAUCUAGAACUGAUAAGCAGCAUUGAGGAGAGGAAGAAGCGUGGAGAGAGCAACAAUGACUUGUUUCUAGCCGAUGUUUAUGCAUACCAAGGAAAGUUCCACGAAGCAGCCAAGCUGUACAAAAGAAGUGGACAUGAGAACCUGGCUCUUGAUAUGUACACUGACUUGCGCAUGUUUGACUAUGCAAAGGAAUUCCUUGGCUCCGGAGAUCCCAAAGAUACGAAGAUGCUAAUUACAAAACAAGCAGACUGGGCCAAGAACAUCAAUGAACCCAAAUCAGCUGUGGAGAUGUACAUUACUGCCGGCGAGCACAUGAAGGCCAUAGAAAUCAGCGGAGAUCAGGGCUGGGUUGAUGUAUUGAUUGAUAUUGCUCGGAAGCUGGAUAAAGCUGAGCGCGAGCCUUUGACAAAAUGUGCCUACUAUUUCAAAAAGCUAUUUAACCAUGGCUACGCAGCGGAAACCUAUACAAAGAUUGGGGACUUGAAGGCCUUGAUACAGCUCCAUGUGGAAACUCAGCAGUGGGAUGAGGCAUUUGCUUUGUGUGAAAAGCACCCUGGAUUUAAGGAUGAGGUCUAUGUUCCUUACGCUCAGUGGCUGGCAGAAAAUGAUAGAUUUGAAGAAGCCCAAAAAGCAUUCCACAAGGCUGGCAGGCAAACCGAGGCCGUAAAAGUGUUGGAACAAUUAACUCGCAACGCUGUGGUAGAAAGCCGAUUCAAUGAUGCAGGAUAUUAUUACUGGAUGCUAUCCAUGCAGUGUUUAGAUAUCGCUCAAGACAACGAGCAGCAGAAGACUGAAAUGUUACAGAAGUUUCACCACUUCCAGCACUUGGCAGAACUUUAUCAUGCCUAUCACUUCAUCCACAAAUGCACUGAAGAACCCUUCAAUUACUACUUGCCUGAAACACUCUUUAAUGUGUCUCGGUUUUUACUUCAUAGCCUGACCAAGGAAACACCUUUGGGAAUUUCUAAAGUCAAUACAUUAUUUGCCCUGGCAAAGCAGAGCAAAGCUCUGGGGGCUUAUAAAUUGGCUCGUCAUGCCUAUGACAAGUUGCAGGGGCUGCAGAUCCCAGCUAGAUUUCAGAAAUCAAUUGAGUUGGGAAGCCUGACAAUCCGGUCCAAGCCUUUUCAUGACAGUGAAGAGCUUGUGCCUCUGUGUUACAGGUGCUCCACCCACAACCCAUUGCUGAACAACCUGGGGAACGUCUGUAUUAACUGUAGGCAACCCUUUGUCUUCGCUGCUUCUUCUUAUGAUGUCUUACACCUGGUUGAGUUCUAUUUAGAGGAGGGGAUCACUGAUGAAGAAGCUGUUGCUUUGAUAGAUCUAGAAGUGCCGAGACUCAACAAAAGAGACAAUAAAUGGCAAGAGCAGAUGAGUGAUGAUGUGCAGACAAUGAGACUUCUUUACAAAGCAGAUGAGAUCGAAGAGGAUGACCCAUUUACAGCAAAACUGAGCUUUGAGCAAGGGGGGUCGGAAUUUGUCCCUGUGGUCGUGAACCGCGCAGUUCUCGGGUCAAUGAGCAGGAGAGAUGUGUUGGUUAAACGCUGGCCCAAGCCGUUACAGUGGCAGUACUUCCGGUCCCUGCUACCAGAUAAUCCCAUUACCAUGUGUCCUUUCUGCUUUCAGAUGUUUCAUUCAGAAGAUUACGAACUCCUGGUGCUGCAACAUAACUGUUGCCCAUAUUGUCGGAGGAAGACAGAUGACUCCAGCCAGUGAGGGAAAGCAGACGCUCAUGCAUCCUGCUGCUUGGUUUCUGUAAAGUGUUCCUGAGGUCCAUUAGGCUUUCUUAACAGCUUGUUUGAUGGCAGAGUAUAAAAAAGAAAAUUAUAUAUGAUAUUCCUGCUUUCUUACUCUUUGUAUAUGAAACUGGCACAUGCCAAGUUUUGUUUUAGCCCCAAGAGAAAUGUAUACAUAUAUAUUUAUUUUUAACAAGUGUAACUGCAGAAUUUGUAUGACUGGUGGGUGAUUUGUACGGCUACAGAGUUAAACAGAAGAGAGGAUCUAUGGAGCUAUAUUUUUUCUAUUAAGCAGCCCCCCUUGCGUAAUGCUAGAAUGUAUUCUUGACAUUUUCACAACAGCCUGUCAAUUUGUCACUGCUAACCUUUUAGGGUGAGAUUCUGCCUGAAGAAAAUAUGCUAGUUUUGCACCUGCUAGCACUAGUUCUGGAUUGGCUCCUUAGCAUUUGGGUUUUAUGACGAUUUUCAAUAAAACAUCUCUUUUUAAAAGAAACCUGUGUCCUUUCCCCCCGUAUUUGUUCUCUGUCUCUCUCUGAACUGCUAUUAUGAAAAAUGGGCUUCCACAAUUUUGACAAAAUAACUGUACUUACACAAAGGACAUUUCUUUUUCAAGGUCUUAUUUACUGCCAAAUGCUUCCUGUUAUUUAGAAAAGAAUUAUUGUAGUGGGAGUUCCAUAGAAUUCAAGUGACAAAAGCUGUCAUUUAUUUUGAGGUAUCAGAAUCAUUAGGGUCCUUCAGCGUGACCCAAAGACCUGACAUUUGCCACAUCUGUAGGCACCCUAAUUAUGAAAACAUUAAGCAAACGACAUCUUGAGAUGUGGGGGAUGAAAUAGAAGCCAAAAGGAUUUAAGUACUUUGACAUCAUUUACAGAGCUGAACUUUGGUGUGUGUGUGUGUGUGUGUGUGUGUGUGUGUGUGUGUGUGUGUAGUUUGAAGACACUCUGAUGAUUAGAAGCAAACAAUAAUGUGACAUUUGUAAAUAUGACUCAGACGGAAGAAUGAGUUGUGUCCCCAAAUAGUUAAGCUGCUUCCAUUAGCUGAAACACUGAACUUCAAUACAGACAUUGUCGAAGACACACUGAUGGUUAUAAAGCAAAGAUGGGAAGCCUGCGGUGCUCUAGACGUUGUUGGACUCCAACUUCCAUCAGCCUCAGCCAGCAUGCUAGGGGAUGAUGGUCCAGCAGCUAAGGUAACUGUAGCAAGAUUGAAUAAAUUUCAAGUGUCAAUCAACAAUACAUGUUUUUUAACAGGUGCUGCAUAUUCCAGCUGUGAGCAUCGGCAGUAGCCAAAGCUACAGCCAUGUGGGCUGGUCAGCAAAUUGGGAAUUGUACUGGUCAGUUCUUCAGACCAGAGACUAGGCCAGAGCUCUUCCAAAAAAAUGAGGUUUUAUUGAUAAAGUAAAAUAAAAGGCAAAUUACUAAAGGUUGUUCAGGAGGGGAAGGGGAAAGAUGAGAGUAAUGAGGCAACAAGCCAAAGGCAGGUGAACAGAGAUGCUUCAACAUUUGGAAGGGAAGGAGCAGGGAACACUGGAAACUAACGCAAAAAAAAGAGCAUCUGAAUGAGACAAACGUAAUACUGAGAUCUUGUUUGAUUUGAUAUUUAUUAAAUUUCUAUUCCACCCCCUCAUCCCGAAGGAAACUAGGGCAGCAAAUAUCAAAAUGUUAAAACAGUAUCAAACACAUCCUUCCAUUAUGAUCUGUCAGGAGUAUGCCAGAGGGAGGCAAGGAUCACAGGAUGAUAGGCAGACCUGGUCUGCCCAAGUCAGGAGAUCCAAGAGUCAGUCGGACUGUGUGCCUGCUGGCAAGACUGCUCUCUUGAAAUCUCACACAGUUCAGGGGUCCAAGACCAGCGAUAGCCUUUGAAAAAUCAGUAAGGCAAGACAUUGCAAAGUUU